AUGAAUCUGAGAAACCGAAUCUUCGCCUCCGGUCGCCGCCGCUACUUCCACAUCUGGGACCUGGACACUGGUAAGGUGGACAAAGUCAACGGCUCCGCAGACCGCAAGGAAGAACAAAAGUCCAUGGAACGCUUCAAGGUGUCUCCCUGCGAACGGUACGUCGGUCUGGUCGGUACAUCGCGCAAGGGCGGCGGUAUGAUCAACGUUCUGGACUCUGGUACUGCCCAAUGGAUCGCGCAGAUGCGCGUUGACGGACGCGGAGGUGUGGCUGACUUCGCUUGGUGGUCGGAUGGCGAGGGUAUGACUGUCGCCAGCAAGAACGGUGAGGUCUCUGAGUGGGAUGGACGACAGCGUCGUAUUAUCGCGCGCUGGCUGGAUGCCGGUGCCGUGGGUAAUACCGUGAUUGCCCUUGGUGGUCAGAGUGGUCGGAAUCAACUUGGCGGAGAUCGCUGGGUGGCUAUUGGUAGUACCAGUGGUAUCGUGAAUAUCUACGAUCGCCGCGAAUGGGCUGCCGCUGCUGUUGCGAGCGCGAAGAGCAAUGUCCCAGCUCAAAACGACGACUCGACACAGGCUGGUGUCCCGCGGAGCCCGACGCCCGUUCGUGUAUUCGACCAGCUUACCACGCCAGUCAGCCAUCUGGUCUUCGCCCCUGACGGCCAGAUGAUGGUCAUGGCUAGUCGAUGGAAGAGUGACGCGCUGAGACUUGUCCACCUCCCCUCUUGCACUGUCUACCGCAACUGGCCUACCUCCAACACUCCACUGGGUCGUAUUUCGUCUGUGGCUGUCUCCCCGAAAAACGAGCAGUUGGCUGUUGCUGCUGAGCAGGGCCGUAUCCGUCUGUUCGAGAUUAGAGGGUAG